AUGCGGAUCUGGACACUCAAUGUCCCUGUGCCUGUCGACCUGCCUUGGCGGCCACAGGGCUACCCAACACGCUGGCUUCGUGAAUUGAUGUGCCGUUUACACCACAUUGACGACCCCGGUGAGUUCCGGUCUACUCUCUCCUCACCCGGCGGGACUGUGCAGCACGUUCUCUUCGUGCCGAUUGUGCCCACCACACAUCCUACUGCUAGAUUCUGGCUGCUGCACUGGGGAGAUGCGGCUGUGGUUACUUUUGGGCAUACCCCUUUCCAUUGGGAUGUUGUCUCCGCUCACAUCCGGGCCCUGUUCCCAGGGGGACCUUUGCCAGACCGUUGCCCAGCUCUUUCCUUUGCAGGCCAGUUUUAUCCGCCUGGAGCUCCCUUGCCUGACUUCCCGUCUGGAGCUGUCAUUCAGAUCAUCAUCGGCGCCCUAGCACGAAUACCGGGAGAUGAUGAUCCCUGGAACCCUGACCCGCUAGUCGUUGAUAGCCCCUUCUUCCGACAUGUCCCCAGUCGUGGCCCUGCACUGGAACCGGCCAUCCGGCUUGAUGGGAGUGGCAAUCAACUUGCUGCUGGUGCCUUGCAAACUCCCCUGGUUGAUCAAGGUGUUCAGACUGAUCUCUCAGGUAACGGUACUGGUCUCGACCACGCUACUGUUUCACGGGUUCAUUUGCUGUCCCGUGAACUCUCUUUCCAUACGUCACGACUCUGGGCUGGGCUUGCCGAGCCUGACGCUGAGCCCGUUGGAGACUCACCCUCCGUUCUGAGGCUUUCCUCCCAGAGCGCUUGCGCUGCCGCCUCGGCCCCGAACGUCGAUCUGCUUGAUAUCGGAGGUACUUCUGGCAGCCACAAGCUGGCUCUUCCGUCCUCUGUUAGUUGGGUCUUAGUCGGGGCACUUCUUGGUUUUAGGGGGGUUGCGUCCGGGAGCUUUCUUGCUCUUGCAACUGUCAGUGAUGGCUCCAUUAUCUUCCCCCCGCCGGAUUGUUCGGACGAGGAGCAGUCUGAUGAAGAAGGUCCCCCUCCUGUCCAAGCUGAGAACAUGUCUGUCGCUUCUGGUGCACCAGUCCCUUUCACCAUUCCAGCUGGACCUCCUCCACCGGAGCCGGUGAAUGCCCCCUUUCAACCUCGUUUGCGUUAUCUUCGUGCGGCCCGCCCUCUUGAGGAUUAUGCUCUCGGACUUUGGCCCUCCACUCUCGAUCGGGAGCCGGCUGCCGAUGAGGACGUUGUUCGACGGGUCCAAGCCGAUUUGCUUGGACUCCAACGCGGCCUACGCACAUUUGCCGCUGCCAUCCCACUGGGCACGCCCUUUUGUAUCCACAACCCCUUCACUGCCCGCCAGCAAUGUGACAUUGUGGAAUACUCUGCUGGGCCUGAGCUUAAUCCCUUUGUCCUGUUUCAAGGACAUGCACGCAGCCGUGGUUGGGCCGGGAUGGUCUUGCUCAUGCCGCAGCCCGAUGCCACAGCUGUGCACCUAAUUGGCUGCCCCCAGGCGCCGGGCAAUGUCGCGGUGGGUGUCGUCAUUGACGGACGCCUCCUUCCAUGCUGCCUUCCUGCGUGUGUCGCCUGUGCGGCGCUCCAGGCGCUUCAUCUUGACGGCCAGGAAUAUGAUCUCCGACCUCCGGAUGUUCACGAAGAAACCGCUGUUGUCCAAUUUCGCAACGGUGAUUGUCUGGCGGCGGGGCGCCGCCCAUCCCGCCAGCUACCCUCCCAUCAGGAUGUGCAAGCUGCCACCGCAGAAACCUUGGGGGGUGGCACCGAUGAUGCAGCAACGGUCCCCGGAUCAACUUCUGCUGCAUUCAGAGCCGCAGGUUUGUGGGUUUGGCUUGUUGUCACAUCCGCCAGGUCGCAUGGUGUGGCGCCUGCCAUGCUCGCUCUCUGUCUCUGGCGCGCCGAGGUUCUAGGUAUGCAUAGGCCAGGUGGCUUCCCUUGGGGUAUUGAUCCGGUUAACCGGCGGUUCUCUGGCAUUACGAGUGAGGACCCGGUUGAAGUUGUCCUGCACAGCCCCUUUUUAGGGGUUUUUCCACCCUUUACAGCCUCCCAGGACACCUGCCACACUCAGGCCUGGGCCCAGUUUCGCACUGCUGAUCCGGGUUGGGCGGCAGACUACUUUCCGGUCUGGCCAGGGCCUGCAUUCAAUGAACUUUCCGUCGUCCCCGUCGGACAUGAUCCUGCCCUUGUCACCAUUAUGCUUGUCUGGGGAGGUCACCAUCGGGCCACACUCACGCCUCGAACUAUGACGGUUGCGUGGCUGACUUCCUUUGUUGCCCGCCAUAUCAACAGUGAAGUUGGCGGGCUCUCACUUCCCCACGGUUUGGCGGUUUGCGAAUAUUUUGAUAUCCCACCAGCCGCUUUUCGGUUUCGCAACGGGGACGUCGUUUAUAUCCAUGAUCCCCCAGCUGACCCUGAUGAGCCGUUAGAGUUUGUGGAGCCUUGGCACCUCCAAGACGGACUCGCGGCACACCACGCUCCAUGGGCUGUGGGGUUCCAGCUUAUGUUUCCGAUUUCGGUUCACUUGCUCCGUCCUGAGAAACCGCCACUGCUCACGAGCAUUCCGGCUGGCGAAUCUUGGUGUCCUGAGGCAUUUUCAUUUUCGGGGGACUUUAGACACCAAUUUCCGGGCUUUUGGACGCCGGUCCAGUGGACGAGUGCUCGUGCCCUGCAGCUUAUGGCGGUUAACGAGGUUGCCGCUAAGGUUAAUGUUGUAGCGGCUACUCCUGAAGGGCGGUUGUGCAGAUCGGUCGAUCGUGUUGUGUCUCGUGACAGCCUCGCUGCUCAGCUGAGGUUCUGCCCUGCGACGGUUCAGGUUGGCGGGGUCCCGUCAUAUGCCAUGGAGCAAGCUUGCGAACUCCGCAACGGGGAUGUGAUUUUCGGAGAAUUCGCUCGCGGUGCCUGUGCGACUGCCUCCUGUCGCCUAGGUUGGUGGUUGGGAACUGCAUUUGCUUUCUCACAGCUGCCCAUGGCACGCCAGUUCUUGCUUGUCCUUGCUGUUGGCCUCAUGCAUGGUGGCCAGUCUUCGAGCCUCGGGGCCGGUGCUCUGUUUUUCUUGCCGUCAGCGGCGGCCAUGAUUCAACGGGCACCUGCAGCCCCCUUGGCAACCCCGGCUAUCCCUGCUGCCACUGUUAACCGAGUCACCCUCACUUUGGCCAAUCCCUUUGCGCCCUGGCAACGCGUUGAAGUUGACCCCAGUAAUGCCUUUGAGGAUGUCAUCGCGGAUGCACAUCACACCCUGACGUCGUGGCAUCGGGGGUUUGCUGAAUCCGGGUUGGUGUCCGAUGGUUCGCAUGUUCUGGUCCCGAGACCAGGAGGGAGGCUCGCAUGCAUACUGGUUUCGGGUCUAGGGCAGCUUAUUUGUGUUGUCGUGCCCUCCUUUCUCACCCCCCGCGAUUUAACCCAUGCCUUGCAGCUUCGCUUUGGCCGCCGGGUAAGUGCACACCUCUCGCCCGGACUGGCAGCGUCAACCCGGGACACCAGACCCGUGCUCGCUUUGCGCUCAGGUGACUUGAUAGCAGUCCGGCUUUUCCAGUCGGACCCUUCAGCGGGGCCACGCGAGACGCCCGUCUUCUUGACCUGGGGAGCUGCACAUGCCGCCUCAGCAUGGCAUUCUGACUUUAUUGUCGCUCACGCCUCCUGUGUGCUGCUGUGGUCACCCAGCCGACCCACUCGGGUCGCUCUCCUCCGACACCAAGCGCGGUGGAAUGCUGCAGAGGCCACCGUUUGCCAACACGAGGAGGCCUUGGGAGUCCACCGUUGGGCGCCCUGCCACGGACACCUAGGGACGCCACCCUGGCUUGUUGAGCAAGCCACUGCUUUUGGGCGUGUGAAUAUCAUUCAGUCUCGUGGCUCCACCAGGCUACUGAGGAAGCCAGUGUACGCGACGGCGAUUGGUGGGUUCAUUCCCUUGCAGCUGGAUUGUUUGGUCGUCGGCUACCUGCGCUGGCCAGACUUCUGCUCCUUGUGUAUGGUUUCAGUGGGCCAGCCUGGGCUGUGUCCUCCGGCUCCUCGGGCCGAUGUUCCAGUGUUGACUCUUCAGAAGCUCGCACCAUUCGCACCAGGAUGCCGCCUCGGCGGAGUCGCUCCCGUGAUCGGGACAGCUCUCACCGCCAUUUUCCUGCGCGAGUCGAUUUCAGCAGUGGUGAACCUUAUGUCCUGCAGGCGGGGUGGCAGCCUGAUUGUACUGACGGUCAGCUUUGUUUUGCCCGCUGCUUUCCAGGUCCAAGGACCAUGGUCCCUGUUUGAAGCUGUUGGGUCCCGACACUGUGGUGCCUGGGCAACCCGCUUCUUCCCUGUCCGUGCGGCGUUUCCGUUCGCCCAAGUUACGCUUGCCCCGGUUGCUCCUUUCGGGAUGGCAAGUGUAGUCUUCCACACCCUUAGUGGCACAGCCGUUGCCUUAGCGUCGGUUGAUGCGUCGCUCGAGGACAUUCAGCGGCUGGCCGCCCGCCUCAUUCCCAGCACACGGUUUUGGGUUGUCAUUCCGCCUCCUUCCAUCCGCGCCGCUCACAUGUACACGCACAUCCGCCUUCGCAACGGCGAUGCGUUUGGCUUUCUGCCUGACUCUACUCAACCCGGUUCUACACGGUUCCCUGCUCUGCACUACCCAUCCCUUGAUAGGGCGCGGCAGGUUGCCAGCUGGUCGUUGUCUUUCAGGUUCGACACAGGCGGCCCCGUCACCCUGUGGACAACCUCCAGCCGUUUUGGCCAGCUGGUGUAUGUACGCGACAAUGCGUAUUGGGAUCCUCUAGGCCCCACAUUUCGAAGCUUAGGUGGAGAGACCCUAACGGGCUCCUGGGUACCAGUCCUUACGGGUGACCUGUCGGACCUGCAUCUAAUGUCCCGCACCUCAAUUUCUGAAGCGCAUGUGCUCUUUCUCCUGCCGCCAGAGCAGACACCGGUGGGGGUCUUCCUAGCGGGCUGCAACACCCAUCGCAUCCCUUUGGGAUGGCAACUGUUACCUGCCAUUCGUUAUGUGCGUGCUGGUAGCACGUUGCGGGACGGGGUGAAGGCGACCUUCUCGAUCUUUCGGCCCGACCUGAAUUGGAUAUUGUUUUGCUUAGCCUGUGAGCCGGCCUGGGGUGCCGACGUUGUGCCCGUAUGGCCGACAGCCGCCCUUCCAGCCUUGUUGGUCGUGCCGCGUCCCCCUGAUCCCAGCCUCGUGUGCCUGGCGGUGUCCUCUUUGGAUCGGCAUUUCUCUGUCUUGAUCCCCUGCUCCUCCACUCUGUCAUGGUUGGGGGAGGCUCUCCGUUUUCUUCAGCCAUUACAGGCGCUCUCCCUGCGGGCGCCUAGUUCCUUGGCCGCGUCGACGCCUCAUGACGGCGUUAUCAGAUGGCGUUCGGGUGAUCUUGUUGUCGCCCUGCCUCCGGCAGCCUUCGAGCCUACUUACCAGCCCCCGUGCUUCCACACUGAUGCGCAGGUUCGGCAUUGUGCUGUCUGGGCAGUCGAUUUCUCGGUCUCUGUCCGGACCAAUUUUAUACUUUGGCGCCCCGGGGUCCGUGCAAUCCGGGGACAUGCACCCGAAGGGGCCCAGUGGCGGGCCCUCGACUUUACGUUUGCUGGGGACUUCUGCCAACACUAUCCUGGGCGCUGGGUGCCGGUACCAUGGAUUGCCCAAGACCAUGCCCAUUUAGUUGUGGUGUCCGAGGACCCGACAUAUGUCAAUGUUGUCAUUGAAGCUGACGGUAAGUGCUGGUGUGCCCCAGUAACUGCAGCGACGGACGCCUGGCAGUUAUGGAAUGAUGUGCCCUCCAUCUCCACUCAGCCACGAGUCCUGGGUCUUUCACACCAGGAACUGCGCCAAGGCACUGUCCUUCGCAAUGGUGACGUUGUGUCAGAAGCUCCCCAGGGCGCCCUACCUUCAGGUGGCGUUCAGGCUCUCCUCGCUUUCUUUCUCUCUGUCCGCUUUCUACCAACUUUCCCGAGCUCCUUGGUUCUGAUUGCUGGCUUGUUUUUCGGCUGGCAUAAUGAGGCCGCCGGUGCACGUCACCUUACCCUCGCGGUUGGCCUCGCUGCCACCGGGCAGGGUCAUGUUGAGGCAGUUAGGAUGUCUGACACACCCUAUCCUGCAGGGGAAUGUCACCGCCUCUGGGAGCCCUCCGGCUCUGUGUCAGGGCCGUUCUUUGGCCCCGUGGAUCGUCCGCCUGAGGAGUUGCGUCAUGCCGCUGUUGCGUGGUCUGAUUUUACUCAAGUCCGGCCACCGCAAGAUCCUCGCAUAGUGGAUUGGGUGCCCGUCCCUUCGGAUCCUCUCUUCGUUGUGGUCCUGCUCCAGUGCCCGCCUGCGACUCGAGCCGCCAUCCUGCCAGCCACGUGUCACGCUGCCGACCUUACUCGAGCGUGUCGACGGUCGGUCCCUGAUUUAGCUUGUGUUUUAGCCUCGCCGGAAAUCUGGUGUGGCACUGCCACUUCCUAUACCCCAACUCUUUUCCUUCGGUCUGGGGACGUGCUGACCCUGGCAUGUGCCGGCUGGGCUCCACGCUUGCGCUCUCCCAGCGGCCGCUAUUGGGAUACCUUCUAUCAGGCCCGUAAAUUUGCCUUUUGGGGUAGCCCCUUUCAGAUCCGCCUGCCAGGCCUCUUGUUUGCGUGGUCGGCCGGUGAUCCUGUUCCCUUGACGGUUCAUACCGUUCAAAAUGAAGUGUGGGACCCGGAACACUGCACAUUCCGACCCUCUUUGGCCCGGUACAGUGUUGCCCGUUGGAUCCCGGCUGCCCGUUGUGAUCUGCUUGGCCUCCACCUUGUCCCGGAGAGCCUUAACCCGCACCGUGCACAUGUUUUGCCCACGCAACCACCUCUUCGGUUGCUGGAGGUCUCCCGUUACAGCACACAAGGUCUGAUUAGGGAUGGCGAUAGCGGCUCUUUUGGUAGCAGAGCUCCCUCCCCGCGUCUUCUGUUGUGCCUUGCUGGCCUUCUGCUGACGCGGAAUGCCUUGUCGCUCUGGGCUAGUGGCGGGGCUCUCCUUCUUGCAGGGGCAUCCUUUGGGGCUUUCCCCUUCAGUGACACCCUUGUCUUAUCGAGUGUUGCUCAUGGUGCGAUGUCGUGGCCCGCUCUGCUCUUUGACAUCUAUGGGCGAGCUUGGGGGGCCCCUUCCGAAGCCCCUCGUGUAGCGGAUGCAGCCGCGAAGACCGUACCUGAUCGGAGAUUAGAUCUCAAUGAGGCGGGUCAUCAUUAUGCCGGCCUGGCCGCUCAUUACUUGGCUAGGCACUUGCUGGUGAGUAUGCCUCCCACGCUCCCUCCCUGUUAUCACUCGGGCUGGCUCCGUUUUUCGGCUUGGCCCGGCGGAGUGCCUGAUGAGCUGUUUAUCGCCACUGACGGCAGCGGCUUGCAAGCGGGAGGGUGGGCCUUCGCGGUGUGGGCCCUCUGGAAAAAGACAUGGUUUCGUGUGGGGUGGGACGCUGGUAGCCUGCCUGCUACCCCAUGGCUCCCUACUCCCACUGCCACUGCCACGGACCUCCGGUCGUACCUGGGAGAGCUUAGCGCCCUUGUUUCUGCUGCGGCCUGGUUCACUGCCUGGCAAUCCAAUCUCGUUGCACCACCCAUUUCCGUCAUGUGCCCGGACAUGCCGGACGUCGCUGAAUCCUUCUUUAACCGGGAGGGUCAUGGGCAGCGUCGCAUCUACAUUGCUCAACAGCUCCAAUCCCUAGAUGUACACGUUGCCUUCUUACAGGAGUGCCGUAGCCGGCCAGGACGUUGGUCCUCACAUGGUUUUCUCAGCUUCCGCUCCGGCGCAGAAAAGGGUAUGUUCGGCGUUGAGAUCUGGGUUAGACCUGAUGUUGUGUCACCCAAGCUUGAUCUCGAUGACUUUCGCAUCCGGUUUGCCAGCCCGCGGCUGCUGUUAGUACAAUGCCAACGUUCGGACUUUCCGGUGACCCUGGUCGCGGCUCAUGCACCGCACGCUGAACGCCCGGAACAUGAAAUUCGGCGCUUCUGGCAAGACCUGCGGGUCCAGCUUCUGCCAGCAUGUAAUCGGGGAGUCGUCCUGGCAGGCAUCGAUGCAAAUGCUGAUUUUGUGGGACGUGAUGAAGAAGAGGUUCUGGUCGGUGACUUACUGUCCCUCCGACCGGCUCGCUUGGCCGAUGACUUGCUUCUUGCCUGCCUGCAUGACACCUCUCUUGCUGCCCCUGGUACUUGGGCUGAAACCCACUCCGGCCCUUCAUGGACCUGGCAGCAUACCGGCGGUAAGGUCCAACGGCUUGACCACCUGCUUGUCACUGGUGGUGUCGUUGUUCGUGGCCAUCGCCAAUUCCCUGAACUUGACAUCCUGAACGGGGAGGAUCUGGCUCCACUAAAGUCCGUCAGUUAUGCACUGCGCACGCUGCAGCUGUCCGACUGCUACCGGCGAGACCUCCGUUGUGCCGGCGCCAACCCUACCUCUCAGAUACGGCUGCUGGUCUCCUUGACACCCUUCGUGAUGCCAGAGCUGAGCUACGUCGUCUCGCUUCUCUUCAGCGACAGCAGCUCUGUGCACUUGCCUUUCAUGCUUGGCACGGUCGGCCACCACCAGCUCCUGCUCGGCGCUGGGAACGCUCAUGCCCAGGCCCGGAUUGACAAACAGGCCUAUUUUGAAUCCCUGCUAGUCGGAGCUAUCGAUCACUGGCAUGCCACGGGUCGCCCUCUUGAGGCUGUCUCCAAGCUUUCAUGGGCGUCCAAAGGAGCUAAGCAGAAGCGCGAUGUGCGGGCCGCCAGUGGCUUCAAUAUCGAUGCUGAACUGCAGUUACAGUUCCAACAACAAGAAGGAGGACGCCCCGUGUCGAGCGCGCAACUCAACAGCGCUUUUGCCAAAUGGGCUGACACUGCCCGCCCAGUUUGCCCGGCAGCGGUCCCUUCCCUUCUGGACGUUGAACACAUGUGCCGUUCCCAGAAGAGAGGCAAGGCCCCUGGGCCGGACCACAUCCGUAAUGAGGUCUGGAAAGCUUGCCCCGACAAAGCUGGACGAUGGUUAUGGCCGAUUUGGCUUCACCUCGCUUGGGGAGAGGCUGAGCCCCUUCAUUUCAAAGCCUCCAUUGUUGGAGCCCUUCAUAAGAAAGGCCCGGCCCACCUGCCCUCCAAUUUCAGAUCUAUUGCCAUGCUUAAUGGUGUUGCGAAACUUUGGCACUCUCAGUUGCGAGCUACGCUCGGUCAGGAAAUCAUUGCUCAUUACUUCCCCACACAGCUCGGCGGGCGGCGUGGGGUCGAUACUGGCCUUGCGCUGGGCGUCUUUCGCUCGGCGGUUGACCUCGGGCGUGACCUCGAUGAAGCGUUGCAAGGGCUGCGCCUGCCGGAACACGUCCACGGACUCAUCCGAGAUGGGGUCCUCUCUGGUUUAGGUGUUCCGCCUGACCAGAUCGCCCUGCUCAGGGAUUGCGUUGAAUGCUCCUUCUGGAGGUUGGUCGGUCAGCCUCAGGCUAUUCUUGCCAGCCGUGGAUCUCGGCCGGGUGACGGUUUGGCCGAUGUUCUCUUUGGCGCGCUCUUUGCAGUCAUCCUUCAAUGCCUUCACCACGCACUCCGCGCUGAAGAUAUUGUGCAUGCAUCCACCUCAGAUGCGUUGGGGAACCCUGACACCGCGCUUCAAAUUGCUUGGGCAGAUGACCUUUGCCUGCUUGUCGAUUUCCUGCGGGCUACCUGGGCCGUCUCUAAACUCCAGCGUUUGUGCUCGAUUGUCUUGCAAGUCUUCGAGGCUUUUCGCUUUCGGGUGAACCUGGGAGCCGGUAAGACUGAGGCCCUAGUCCACCUCCAAGGACCGGGGGCUAAUGAGGCCAGGAAGGAACUCCUGUCGCCCGUUCCUCAGCUCCACCUCACUGAUGGGCGGUGCAUUCGGGUUGUACCCGAGUAUAAGUACCUCGGGGUUGCGCAACGUUGCCGGGAUACCGGCCGCCGUGACAUCGAAGCCGCAGCAUCCCGAGGCAACGCCAUUUGGACCCAGGCUGCUGGCCUCGUGCAUUCUGACCAUCUACCUUGGGUCCUGAAACUUGUGUGGCUCCAGGGGCGUACACUCCCCGCGGCCUACUCCUCCCUUGCCACUACGCUUGCGCAUUCUGAGCGAGCGUGGGGGCCUCUUCAAGGUUUCCUUGAUAAGUGCCUGCGCCAACUUGUCGGAGCCUGGGAUGCCGGCCACCAUGUUGCCUCCGCUCAACUGCGGGCGUGUACGGGAGUGCUUGAUGUCGAGUGUGCCACUCUCAUUGCUAGAGUCCGUCUUCUCUGUCGCAUUGUGUCAGGCCGUUCGGCUGAGGUUUUUGACCUCUUUCAAGCCAGUUGGGAUCGCGGUGGAGAGUGGUCCUCACUCCUUGCUGACGCCGUCCGCAAGGUCUGGCCUGCUUGUGGCCUUCCAGACCUACGCACUGGGGAGCCUACCUUGGAAGGGAUCCGCCGGCAUUCCAAAGCCAUUUUGGCUGCAUGUCGCAAGAUCAGCCGUUCUGGGACGAUGCUCCUCGCGCUCCACCGCGCUUGGAAUAGCCGUCAGCCUCCUUCUCCUAAGAAGAUCAUUGGGGUUGCGGCCCCACAUGUUUGCCCCGAAUGUGGGGUGACCCUGCCUUCGGCCCAUGCUCUUGCUGCGCACCUUCACCGUCUGCACGGGCGUGUCGCACUCUGUACCCAGUAUACACUUGGCACCGUGUGCCUCUGGUGCCUCAUUGAAUUUCAUAACGCCGCGCGCCUCCGCUAUCACCUGCUCAACUCGCCUGCGUGUGAGCAUGGCUUACGCUGUUGUGUUGGGCCCGUCUAUGUGUAUGGGUCCGGCACCAAGCGUCGCGGCCAGCAAGGGCAUGCUCGGGCGCCGGUUUUUCGUCUUACUGGGCCAUGUAAUGCCACUCCAGCCCAGCGACGGGCUGCUGAAGAAGACCGAAACUGCACUGCAGAGGAGCUUGCUGCUGAGCUCCAUGCCUUGGCGCCUGGCCCUGGAUUUGCUGAAGGCGCAAGGUCUUCACCUGUUGUCCCUUUCCGACGGGCUACCGAUCCGGCUGAGGGAACCCCUGUCCCUCCUACCGGUUGUGCACCAGUCGCUGUUGGCCUCGCUGCAGUUGCACAUGCUGCCGUCGAUGGUGUGAACCCCCCUAAUGAGGCAUCUUCGCCUCUCUCGCCUUUCUCCCCGCAUCCUCCCCCUCUUGCGGUGCCGGCUCAGGUUUCGGCCUGUCUACUCUCGGCCUUUUUCUUCGAUGAGUUUCCUGACGACUGCGACCUUCGAGUCCCGUCCUGUCGCUGGUCUGGACUUGCGCCAGGUCUCUGGUGUCUUCCUUGCAGUUGGAAUUGGUGUUGGCGCCUCUUUUGCGCUUUCGACAUGCGUCACCCUUGGUCUGGUGAUGUGUGGCGCCUGUCGGCCUUUCUUCGUCGUGAGGAGCGCCCCUCUGCCCUUCCACGGCUACGUGGCCCUUCUGGAUUUGGCCAAGCUGCAGCAAGUCGCAUCCUUUUUCUGCGUCGGAUGUUGACUUUCCUUCAUCUCAUUCGCCAGCUUCAGCUCGGCGCUGUCCUUUGGAGCGCUCAGCCCCUCCCCGGUGCCUUUUGGGAGUUGCUGGGCCGUGUUGCCCCUGCUGCGGUCGGCGCUUCGGCGGUCUCCGUGCUCGGCUUUGGUUCGGUCGUCAGCUUGCCGGGGGUCGUCCCCUCGGCGCUUGCUGCCCUCUCUGCCGGCUGCCUCGCUUCCGCUCUGCCGCGUCGCCUCGCCUUUCCACAUCAGCUCCUUUCGGCGAGCUGA